GAACCAAACAUUGUAGACCCAACCAAAUCUCAUUACCUUGCCCACACAACACAACAACAGGAAAUGUCUAGGAGCCGGACCAUCUAGAACUCUGCAGCUUCACCUACUCGCUCCUUAUCUCACACAAGGGUUUAAGAUAUCUGCCCACUUCUUGCAAACAGAGCAUUUUCUUCAGUCUCAGCAGCUCGACUAAACCUUUGCUCAUUUUCUUUUUCCAUUUUUGUUUGAGCUCUAUCAUGGCUUCCACUUUUGUCACUCUACCAAACCCUUUGCUGUGCAAACCUAAUACUGCUUCUCUGUCGAACCAGAAGCUACUGCCAGGUCUGCGAAGAAACUCUUUGAGAAUUAACGCAGUUUCCAAGAAAUGGGAGCCCACCAAGGUGGUUCCACAAGCUGACAGGGUGCUUAUUCGUCUUGAGGAACUCCCCGAGAAAUCAGCUGGAGGAGUUUUGCUGCCCAAAUCAGCCGUUAAAUUUGAGCGGUAUCUUAUGGGAGAAAUUCUUUCUGUUGGUGUUGAGGUUGGGGAAGUUAAGGCUGGAAAGAAGGUUCUUUUCUCGGACAUAAAUGCAUAUGAGGUGGAUUUGGGAACAGAUGGCAGGCACUGCUUCUGCAAAGAGAGUGAAUUGCUGGCCGUAGUUGAAUAAAGUUUCAGCUACGGGUAGGUACAUUGUUUUACGGGAUUAUUUUGUGUAACUUUUCAUUGUCAAAGAUGGUUUUCCAUGCAGUGUCUCCAACUCCCAAAACUAUAUUGUCAGUUCAAAUUUGUUAAGUACAUGCUCUUUCUGCAUUGAUUGCAUGGGUUUUGUAUUAUUUAA